AUGGUGUCCGACGAGCAUUACGACAUAUGCUUGCCCGUUCUGCAAGACGUCAGCCUUGAAGAUGAAGACAAGACCGAUAAACUGGAGGAGGUCUUGAAAGCGCAGACAACCCUGAGCGGGCCCUCGCUGGACAACGCCGUGCUCGACGUUCUAUGGCGGUACAGAGACGGCGGAGCUGUAUCGGCGUCGCCUCCUCCCAUCCGACACUCUAUCCUCCGCCGAGCCUCACCGUUGUCGUUUCGAUCCCCGACUCCCAUGUCCGGCUCACCGAGACUGGGCGUGAGUCCGCUUGCGCCACCGGGCUUUGUGCCUUCCUCGUUCAACCGAACAGUGACGGCAUCGCCUUUCUCUUCUCCCAGAGCGUCGCCCCGUCCCGUCUUCGCAACGCCCGUCGUCCCACCAGCCAUACCCCACAGUCCGAGCCUUACAGCUUAUGAAUUCGCAAACGACUUGACGCCCGCUACAGAGAUUCUGGGGGACUACCAGACAGAAAAUGUGGAAUGGCUCACGAAUGAUGAUGUUGCCAGUGUCACCUCUUCUGUGGGCACACCUAGUGGUCUCAACGCGACGGCUCCGGAAUUCUCCUUCUCCAUGUCUUCGCAACAGAUGGACAUGUCUCCGUAUGACAUUUUGCGUUCCAUCCUUGGCCACACACGCAGCGACGAAGACAUCGAGACCGCUCUCGCGGCUCAUGGCUACGACCUCUCGGCAACUAUCACUUCCAUCAUGGAGAACCAGCCACUGGACGAGGGCGCACCGCUUCAUGACGAACCCAAGAAUAUCCUGGUUGGCAAAUCUCUAAACCCCGAGGCCCGCCCCAGCACGCCCGUUGGUCCAGGAAAGUCGGGCGUGAUUUGCAAGUUCCACAUGUCGACUGGUCAAUGUCUCCGGGCCGAUUGUCGCUUCAGUCACGACCUCAGCAAUCAUCUGUGCAAGUACUGGAUGAUGGGCAACUGCCUCGCUGGGGAAACAUGCAUUUUCUCCCACGAUCCGGCCAAGCUAAUGACAAAGCUCUCGCUCGACGGGUCGCAGACGCCACCUCUGAAGGGACAGAAAGACCUGCAACUGGGGGACUUUUCCUCUUUCCCUUCGUUGCACGUAACGAGCGACCAGUAUGGCGAACGUUCCAGCAGCCCGGCCUUCGGCGCUGGGUUGACGCCACCGCCAGGCUUGCGACCCUUUUUCAGCGGUGAUGGCCAGCGCCCAAGGUCUCGGCCGGGCAGCAGGCAGCAGCCCAGGGAGCCCGCGCCCACCGCGCCGGCGCUAGACGACACGGAGGCCUUUCCCUCGCUAGGGUCUGCGACACUGUCCAAACAGGUCAGGAAGCAGCCAGGUAAACGUACGAAAGAGAAUGCCGCGCCAAGCUCCCUGGCGGACGUUGUGAAGAUGAGCCCCUCUCCAGCCUCGUCGCCGCAGCUGGAGCCCAGGAACCUUGCACGAAACGGCAGCGCUACUGCCAUCAAGAACGGCGAGAACAGUGCAGCUGCGCAGUCCAUUCCCAGCCCGAAGCACAUUCCGUGGCUAGAGACAGGCGAGCGGGCCAACAAGGCGUACCUCAAGGCACGCCAGGAAGCUAUCAAGCACGGUGGUCUCCGCAACAAGUUUCUACAGAGUGCUGCGCAAGCCUGGAACCGCAACGACGCGCGAGCAGCCAAGGCGCUGAGUCUCCGUGGUCAAAGCGAAAACGACCUUAUGCGCAAAGCACACCGCGAGGCCGCGCGCGAGCUAUACGAGGAGCGGAACAAAAACCGCGUCGGGGGGACAGAGAUGUACGUCGACCUGCACGGACUGCACCCUGAGGAGGCCGUCGAGUACCUGGAGAAAGUCCUCUUGGAGAGCAGCCAGGAAAGCAAGCCCAUUUAUGCAAUCACCGGGUCCGGACAUCACAGUAAGAAUGGCAAAGACAAGGUCGGCAAGGCUAUCAGAAACUUUCUGAACGAGUGGCGGUACGCUUAUCGCGAGUUCUCGGUGCCUGGAGACCGCAACAACAUGGGCGGUAUACUGGGCAUUGAUCCCAGGAGCUGGAACAAGUCUUUGGCCAAGGAGGACGCGAAUGAAGCUGCGGAGAAGACAGCACCAGUGGACAUUCUCGAUCAAGCUGUCGAGAUUGGGGAUGGCAAGGUCAGGCUGUUGGUGAGAGAACCGCCCAAAGGCCCCAGCAGGCGGUGA